CCUGAAGGUUCUGAUCGGGGCCUCGGUGGGCUUCGUCCUGCUGCUGCUCCUCCUCCUCCUCUUCCUCCUACACCGGCAUCAGGGCCAAAGCAGGGAAGCAGCCCAGAGGCCGGCACCCAGGAACAGAGGCCUGCAGAAGACCUCACUCCUGCCCGAGGACCCAGCCUCCCUGCCUGCCGCCCCUCACGGCCACCUGACACCUCCUUGUGUGCCCAGCUCCAGCCCAGCAGCCGCCCAGGAAGGAAACCUCUAUGCCACCGUGAAGGACACAGAGCCUGAGGACGGGGUGGAGCUGGACACUCGGAGCCCACCUGCUGAGGACCCCCGAGGAAUGAUGUAUGCCCAGGUGAAGCACUCAGCACCCAGGAGGAGAAGGACCUCCCCUCCUUUGGCCCUGUCAGGGCAGCUCCUGGUCACUAAGGACAGACAGGCUGUGGCCCCUCAGAGUCCCCAGGACGUGACCUAUGCCCAGCUGGGCAGCUGGACGCUCAGACAGGGGGCAGCUGCACCUCCUUCCUCCCAGGAUGGGGCCCUCCCAGCAGAGCCCACUGUGUACGCUGCCCUGGCACCCACUCGCCCAGGAGCCGGUCAAAAGACGCUAAGUGACGCCUCGGCCAGGGACACCUGACAGAGACUCCAGAGAUUCCGGGACCUUCUGAGACUCACCUGACCCUGUGGUCAGA